GGCGCGGCGGCCGGAGGCGGCGGCGGGCCCGGGCGGAGGAGCGGGGGGCGCAUGGGGCGCGAGCAGCCGGCAGCGCCCAGCGCCCGGGAGCCCCGCCGCGACCAUGACGGUGGCCGGGGGCCGGCGGGGGCUCGUGGCCCCGCAGAACACGUUCCUGGAGAACAUCGUGCGCCGCUCCAACGACACAAACUUUGUGCUGGGGAACGCGCAGAUAGUGGACUGGCCCAUCGUGUACAGCAAUGACGGCUUCUGCAAGCUUUCGGGUUACCAUCGCGCCGAGGUGAUGCAGAGGAGCAGCGCUUGCAGCUUCAUGUACGGGGAACUCACAGACAAGGACACCGUGGAGAAGGUGCGGCGGACGUUCGAGAACUAUGAGAUGAAUUCCUUUGAGAUCCUCAUGUACAAGAAGAACAGGACCCCUGUGUGGUUCUUUGUGAAAAUUGCCCCAAUUCGCAAUGAGCAGGACAAAGUGGUCUUAUUUCUCUGCACGUUCAGUGACAUCACGGCAUUCAAGCAGCCCAUCGAGGACGACUCAUGCAAAGGCUGGGGGAAGUUUGCCCGGCUGACCAGAGCGCUGACUAGCAGCCGGGGCGUCCUGCAGCAGCUGGCGCCGAGCGUGCAGCGGGGAGAGAAUGUGCACAAACACUCCCGCCUGGCCGAGGUGCUGCAGCUGGGCUCCGACAUCCUCCCCCAGUACAAGCAGGAGGCGCCCAAGACUCCGCCCCACAUCAUCCUGCACUACUGCGUGUUCAAGACCACGUGGGACUGGGUCAUCCUCAUCCUCACCUUCUACACGGCCAUCCUGGUCCCUUACAACGUCUCCUUCAAGACCAGGCAGAACAACGUGGCCUGGCUGGUGGUGGACAGCAUCGUGGAUGUCAUCUUCCUGGUGGAUAUUGUGCUUAACUUCCACACCACCUUUGUGGGGCCAGCGGGGGAGGUCAUCUCUGACCCCAAGCUCAUCCGCAUGAACUACCUGAAGACGUGGUUUGUCAUCGACCUCCUGUCCUGCCUGCCCUACGAUGUCAUCAAUGCCUUCGAGAAUGUGGACGAGGUUAGUGGCUCUGUGGGUGGCCUCGGGAAGAGUGGCUUUGCUGAGCAGACCCCGACACCCCUGGAGGGGAGAGAAAGCCAGGGCAUCAGCAGCCUGUUCAGUUCCCUGAAGGUGGUGCGACUGCUCCGGCUGGGCCGCGUGGCCCGGAAGUUGGACCACUACAUUGAGUACGGGGCAGCUGUCCUGGUACUGCUGGUGUGUGUGUUCGGGCUGGCCGCGCACUGGAUGGCCUGCAUCUGGUACAGCAUCGGCGACUAUGAGAUUUUCGAUGAGGACACCAAGACCAUCCGCAACAACAGCUGGCUCUACCAGCUGGCUCUGGACAUCGGCAGCCCCUACCAGUUCAAUGGGUCGGGCUCCGGGAAGUGGGAAGGUGGGCCGAGCAAGAACUCUGUGUACAUCUCGUCCUUGUACUUCACCAUGACCAGCCUCACGAGUGUGGGCUUCGGCAACAUCGCCCCCUCCACAGACAUCGAGAAGAUCUUCGCCGUGGCCAUCAUGAUGAUCGGCUCCCUCCUGUAUGCCACCAUCUUUGGGAAUGUGACGACCAUCUUUCAGCAGAUGUAUGCCAACACCAACCGCUACCACGAGAUGCUCAACAGCGUUCGUGACUUCCUCAAGCUCUACCAGGUGCCCAAGGGCCUGAGCGAGCGCGUCAUGGACUACAUCGUUUCCACCUGGUCCAUGUCCAGGGGCAUUGACACCGAGAAGGUCCUGCAGAUCUGCCCCAAGGACAUGCGUGCGGACAUCUGUGUGCACCUGAACCGCAGGGUGUUUAAGGAGCACCCUGCCUUCCGGCUGGCGAGCGACGGCUGCCUGCGGGCUCUGGCCAUGGAGUUCCAGACCGUGCACUGUGCGCCGGGCGACCUGAUCUACCACGCAGGCGAGAGCAUCGACAGCCUCUGCUUUGUGGUGUCCGGCUCACUGGAGGUGAUCCAGGAUGACGAGGUGGUGGCCAUCCUGGGGAAGGGGGAUGUGUUCGGAGAUGUGUUCUGGAAGGAGGCUGCUCUGGCCCAGUCGUGCGCCAAUGUCCGUGCCCUCACCUACUGCGACCUGCAUGUUAUCAAGCGCGAUGCACUGCAGAAGGUUCUGGAAUUCUACACUGCCUUCUCACACUCCUUCUCCCGAAACCUCGUGCUCACCUACAAUCUGCGGAAGCGGAUCGUGUUCCGCAAGAUCAGUGACGUGAAGCGGGAGGAGGAGGAGCGUAGGAAGCGCAAAGACGAGGCGCCCCUGGUGCUGCCCCCCGACCACCCGGUCCGCCGGCUCUUCCAGCGGUUUCGGCAGCAGAAGGAGGCCCGGCUAGCCGCCGAGCGCGGGGGCCGCGACCCCGAAGAUGUGGACGUGGAGAAGGGCGGCCGCACAGCCCCCGAGUCCUGCGUGGUGCAGGCCAGCGUGGUGACCGUGCGCGAGAGCCCCGCCACACCUGUGGCCUUCCAGGCUGCCCUGCCGGGCGCCUCCGACCAGGCCCGGCUGCAGGCACCGGGGGCUGAGGGCCUGGGCCCCAAGGCCGCCGGCGUGGAGGGCGCCAAGCGCCGGGGUUGGGCCCGCUUCCGGGACGCGGCAGGCGGGAGGGCUGAGGACUGGGACAAGGUGUCCAAGGCCGAGUCCAUGGAGACGUUGCGGGAGCGGGGCAAGGCCGCGUGCGAGGCCACGCUGAAGAAGACGGACUCGUGUGACAGCGGCAUCACCAGGAGCGACCUGCGCCUGGACAGUGUGGGCGAGGCCCGCAGCCCGCAGGACCGCAGCCCCGUGCUGCCCGAGGCCAAGCACCCCUUCUACCCCAUCCCCGAGCAGACGCUGCAGGCCGCCGUGCUGGAGGUGAAGCUGGAGCUCAAGGAGGACCUGCAGGCGCUGGGCGCACAGGUGGCCCGGCUGGAGCAGCAGCUGGGCCAGGUGCUGCGCCUGCUGGCUGCCCGCCGGCCCGCUCAGUCCCCACAGGAGCUCUUCGACGUCUCAGGGCCCCCAUCCCCGGCGGUGGCCGCAGAGGAGGACCAGGACGACUUCAGAGCCAGCUGAGGCUGGGACGAGCCGGGUGGCGCCCUGCGGUGUCCAGGGACUGCGGGCUGGGGAGGACAGUGUCUUGUGGCAUCCCUGGGCCUUGAGCUCAGGUCCUGCUGAGCAGAAACCGCCCCGGGUCAGGGGGGCUUGGGUAUGUAACAGGCAUUGACUCACGUAGGUACAUACGUGUAAAUACUCAUGUACAUACGUGUAUACUCAUGUACGUGCACACAUGUGCACUCGUGUAUGUACUCGAGAUGGCUCCUCAGCAGGCCCCCGGGCCCCCACAUGGCUCAGUUCUCCUCUGCACAGACUUUGGGGUGCUGGUAUUUGCCCCUGGGCUCCUUGGGUACUGGGCUCUGUUUGCAAUGUCCCCCUUUCCUUGGGGCUCAGGGCCCUUGGGGAGAAAA